AAUUGUUUUUCCUGUGAUUUGUGACCAGAAUUACAGACAUAUAGGAGCAAAAUUUCCACAUCCCAUAUACAUUUCUAACCUCUCUAUCUGUGUUAUCAUCUAUGGAUAGCAAUGAAAAAAGUCCUCAAUUGUAACACUAAUCCAAAUUUUUUGGAUAUAUACCCCAUCCCACACACAAAAAAUGCAGCAUAAGUAGGAUACCUGAAGUGGGAAUGAGGCAUCAUGAUUUACAUUCUUGGGCAGUGCAUUACAUGUUUGCCCACCCCACCUCGGACGACUAAAAAAAUGAAAACAUCAAUGUGUUCAAUGGUAAACUCAUUCUGAGAACUCCGGAGAUCGGUUCCUGUAUUAAAAAAAAUCAAGUGGAGAUUUAGUAAUUGAUCUUAGAAGGUGUUGGUAAAAACAUUUAAACAGAAAACUCAUAAACAAGUGUCAUAUGCUGGUAGAUUAUUGAGGUACUCAAGAAUUAAAGGUGAGAGGUAUGACUAAACACAGUUGCAAAGAAUUGUGAGUCGUGUCAUCCUGGUAAACAACUUCAACAAUCCUUUUCACAAAGAACUAAUACAGACUGAGUCCCUAUUGGUCAGAGACGCUCGGGGCUCAUAUCCUGUCACAUCUACCAUAGGGUUUUGGAUUUUCAUCUUUAUUGAUGCAACAACAGCAACCACAAUGCAUUACCACAAGUGAGGUUGCGGGUGGGUAUGAGUUGUAUUAUGCCAAACAAAAAUUUUACCUCUACCCGUGAGGGGCGAAGAGGUUGUUUCCGAAAGACUCUCUGCUCAAAAGGAAAACAAGGGUUACCAAGAAGAUAGGCAGAUAAAAAAAAAGCUGGGAACAGAGCGACAAGCAAGUUGCAAAAGGCAUCACACCUAAAUCUACAAAAGGAGGAAACAUCUACCCAAGUCUCCAAGAGAAGGAAACCUCUAUGCAAGAUGGAAGGGUUACAUAAUCUACUAACUUUGAAUCCUAAUCUUCAACGGCCAAAACGUCUUAUCUAAGGUAAUGUAUUUGGUAAGCUUGAGUUGAACCAUGGCAUGUCUAAUAACCUCCCCUAAUUUUUCUUCGACCUCUCUCUACCUCUCCUAAAUCCUUACUCCUGUGAUCCUCAAACUCUCACAUAUCUUAACUGGCACAUUCUCAUCUCUCUGCUUCACAUGACCAAACCAUCACAACCUCACCUUCAUCAUCAUAGCCACCACGCAUGCCAUUCCACCCUUGUCCCGUAUAACUUUGUUGGUAUCUUACUUCGCCUCAUAUGUCAUAUGACCGCACAUCCAUCUGAGCCUUCUCAUCUCUGCCACCUUCAUUUGAUGAAUGUGAGCAUAUCUAACUAGCAAGCAUUUCGUCCCAUACAACAGUACAAUGCACAUCUUACCACCACUCUGUAGGACUUACCUUUCAGUCUAUGUGACACCUCAUAUUUAUUGAAGAUGUUCUUAUAUACACAUUGUUAGUUUUAGUGAAAGAAUGGGUUGAACAAUUUCAUCUCUAUAAGUAUUUGUGUGGAAAUUUAAACUUGAUUACAAGGUCACUUAAUGUAAAAAUCAACAUGUGGAUGUCCCCGUCUGCAAGGUCUAUCAUAUGUGUCUGUCUAAUAAUCACACCUUUAAACGGAAUGUCUCUGUUAUUCUCCAAUAUUAAGAAGACAUCUUAUCUCCUCUGAUGUAACUCUUUUAUUAAGUCUGCAGUUUACCACAUACCUUCUUCAUAUACUUCUUUUCUAUAUGACUUUGUUCCAUAUCUCCAACCGCUUUUCACUGAAGCUCCUAUUGGUCUACCUUAGAUACCACUUGAAGUCCAGCAUGUCAUUCCACCCAUCUCCAAUCCAGACGGUCAAACUGACUCCCAAUCCACAGUUCCUUCCACAUCAACUCGUGCAUUAUAGGUUUACCAGUUUGUCCAUGCCUUGCCUUUAUUGGGAAUCCCAAAUUUGCAUAUGUAAAUUCCAUUGUUACAGAUCAAGCACCACAACCCACAAGUUAUCCUAGAGACUCAGCAAUCAGCAUACUAAUGUGAUUUACUCAUUAUAGAAAGGCGAUGGUCCACUCAAAGCCAUCACCCAUACAUAAUUUCCUCAGUUAUCAUCGUGUUUUCACUCCUUACUAUCCAUUUCUUUUGCACAAUCGGUCCAAAUGUCGACCUCCUUACACGGCAGGGGAGCCACUUCUUAUUGAUAGAGAGAAAUUUAGACGAAUGAUUGACAGAUUGAUUUAUCUCAUGAUUACAAGGCCAAAUAUUUCAUGAUAAGUUGUGUGGUGGUUAUUGGGAUGCUACUGUUUGAGUUCUAAGGUGUAAGGUCGUUCAAGAAAACGCAAGGGGGGGA